AUGACGGAUGAUUUGCUCGUCUCGACGUGGUUAGACCAGAUCCGCCAGAGCCUCAAGCUCAUGAAAAAUGCAGACCGCGCUCGAGAGAAUGUGUUCGCCGCUCCCCGACGAAAACACGCCGAUCCAACGAGCGCGUCUUUAGCAAAGGCAAUUGCCCAAAGACUCUAUCCCGCCGCGUCAGAUUCACUAGCUUCCAUCGUCCAGUAUGAGAAAGAUAUCGUGGAGCUGAGGAGGUAUAUCCAGAACCAACGAAAAGCUGAUAUGGAGGCGGUCAUCGCACGUAAGGCAUCGAAAGGUUGGAGAAGAAGGAUCGAACAACUUGGACCAUGGGAUGAAAUCAACGACCCUCUCUCGCUUGAGGGCCCGUCCAGCUUGUCCAUGCCAGUCCAAGUUGGUGACCAGGAGGAAUUUGCGCCGUUCUUUACUCAUCUGAAGAUCGGUGGAGACGACAACGUCAUUACGGGAGAAGAGGCAGAGAUGAAGGAGGAACCGUACUAUCGCACUCAUAUGAUUGAGUUCAACCGGGGAGUCUUAUAUGCAGACCAUCGGAUGGAUCUGUGCAAGAUGGUCGUUGGACCAACUCACAUCGAAGAACUCAUGGAUAGUUUGGAAACGAACCUAUUCACUCAACAUUUCCUGUUAGGAAAUAACGUCAUUGGCCCUGUAGGUGCUAGACGAAUCGCACGUUUUAUCGACAAAUAUCCCGAUAGAAUUUUGACCUGGUACUUGGCUGGAAAUUGCAUCGACGGAGAGAGCUUCAGGAUCUUUGUUGAUAGCCUCGUAAAAUCGUCAUCCGUCACGAACGUCUGGCUAAAGCGCAAUCCACUUGGUCCAUCGUCAGCCAGUGACGUUUUUCGUCUCAUCGCGCAAGCUCCCAACCUUCGUACGCUUGACCUCGACCAAACUUCCCUUGGUGACAUAGGAGUGGCCCACCUCUUUUCUCUCUUGGCCGAUCACAAACCAUCUUCACCUCUCGCCCUUCGACAUAUUUAUCUAAACGCCACUGGUGCUGGAGCCAAAUCUGGGGAACAGAUCGCAAGAUAUCUGGCCAGCGAGUCAUGCACCAUCGUGUCGUUAUAUCUAUCCAACAACCCUCUUGGGAACGACGGUGCAAAAGCGUUAUCUAUCGGGUUAAAAGCAAACAAGAACCUGGAACGCUUGUCCGUUUCGUCUUGUGGCUUGAAGGACGAAGGUACCAUACAGUUGCUCAGUGCCUUAUCAUUCCACCCGUCACUUCGCUUGCUGGAAAUCGGCCAGAGUUAUGCUACUGAAGACCUCGGAACGAGGUUUAACUGGCUCACAGAGGCCAUCGUACCUGCACUUGCUUCAUUUAUUGAAAACGUACGCACUUUGCGAUACCUGGCGUUGGAUUACACUCCCAUGUCUCGGCAAGGACUGAAUGCCAUCCUCUGCCUUGUCGCCGAGUCAGAACUGCACUACUAUUUCGCUAAGCCUAUUCAUCCUCAGGGAAGGGAUUACGACUCUGUCAAGGCAGCGCAGGAGGCAGCGAGAAUUUCAUUACUGGUGAAGGCCCAGCUGGAAAAGAAUGUUGCGAAGGAGUAUAAUGGCAAGUCGUAUGAUGACUUUUUGGCUGAAGACAAGCGACGGUUGGUGAGCCCUGAGGAUGUUAGGAAUAUUGACUCGGUGUACCGAAAUCGGGAUGCUGGUCUGGCUCGUCGUGGAUUGAAGAGAUUGAACAAGCUAUGGGAUGACGAUGAUGACACCCUGGAGCAGGUGAAAAAUGCUCGGACACUCUAG